UUUAGUCUGUUGUGUUGGGCGUUAGGGUAAACAACAUCCCGAAAGAUUCAAUGUUUUAAAGAGAAUCUUGCUGUAACUGUAAAAAUGUUUAAAAUUAGUUGUGGAAGUAUCAGAUUUAUUUCUACAAAUUCAGCAGCUCCUUUAAGAACUAAAAAAGGGAGAUUGUUGGAUUCCGUGAUCAGAGUAGAUCAUGCUGGGGAAUAUGGAGCAGAUAGAAUAUACGCUGGGCAAAUGGCUGUUUUAGGAAAAACGUCAUCUGGCCCAACUAUUCAGCAUAUGUGGGACCAAGAAAAAGUUCACAGAGAAAAAUUUGAACAGUUAAUAAAAAAGCACGGAGUUAGACCGACGGCACUACUUCCAAUUUGGAACAUAGCCGGCUUUGUACUAGGUGCUGGCACUGCGUUAUUAGGACAAAAGGCAGCAAUGGCUUGUACCGUAGCUGUUGAAGAUGUUAUAGUCGAACAUUACAACGACCAACUGAGGUCACUGGUAGAAAUAAGCGAUGAAAAUGACAAAGAAAUUCUCGAAACGAUAAAAAAAUUUCGUGACGAAGAACAGGAACAUCACGACACAGGAUUGGAACACGGAGCUGAGCAAGCUCCCUUCUACAAUGCUCUUACAAACGUCAUAAAGGUUGGUUGCAAAGCUGCUAUUGCGGUAUCUAAAGUUAUUUAAACGCACGUUGAGUAUUAGUUUUUAACAACAGUAGACUUUGUUGUUCUUGGAAAAAAUUUUAUCCAAUCCCACACAAUCAGUGUUUCGUUCUAUGCUAAUUUGUUAAUAAUUGCGUAAAAUUUUACACCAUCACGACAAAGUACUUUAGUCAUACUUUUCUACGUUUUUGUUUUUUCGAUAAAUGGUAUAUCUAUACAGUAAGGUAUUGUUGAUUUUAUGUAAAUAAACAAAACAAAAAAAAAAAAGAGUGA